UGCACUGUAUUUUUAUCAAAGUGAUUAGUUAACACAAGUAGCCCAGCUGACAAGAUGUCUGUAAUACAAUGUCAUACAAAAGAAGAUUUCGAUAAGCAACUUUGUGAUGCUGGUCAAAAACUUGUUGUUGUCGACUUCUAUGCGACUUGGUGCGGACCGUGUAAAGUGAUUGGUCCCAAAGUUGCAGCAAUGAGUGGGGAAUACAAAAAUGCUGUUUUUCUAAAAGUGGAUGUGGACGAAAAUUCAGACACUACUGAAAAGCAUGGAAUAAGUGCUAUGCCUACAUUUCUGUUUUUCAAGGAUGGUCAAAAAGUUGAUGAACUUGUGGGAGCAAGUGAAGCCAAGCUGAGAGAGAUGAUAGAGAAGAAUAUUUAGAAUCUUUUCAAUAUAGUUUUGAUUUCCUGUAAUUGAUCCAAUAGCGAUAAAUUAUCCCAAAAAUCAUUUUGAAUUCGGGAAUGCACAAUUUGUAGUCAAUUUUAAUAUUUGUAGUGUUGUAAAUUGUAAUCUGAGGCUAAUUUUUUAAUACAGAUGUACUCAGUGAAGAUGUUACCUGGGUUUAAAUAGUUGAAUACAGAAUUCCGAUUUUGAACAAAGUUUGAUAAAUGUAUUUAUAAACGGGAAUGGGUUUGAUAAUUUAUUUUGCAGUUCUGAUUUAAAAAAAUUAGUUUUCUGCGAUACAGUCAACAUAUCUCUUCAAGAUCAUGUAUCUUUGCUUUUUUUAGUAAUUAUCCGAACUCAUUGCAUUUUAUAUUCGAAAAUUUUGAGUUAGAAACACGAAUAGUCACACAAUUUGCUUAUGAUGAAGUCAAAAUUUGUUGCCCAAUCUGGAUUGAAUUUACUUUCUUAGAAUUUCUUCCUAUACAAAUAUGUUCUAUUUGCACUUUUCGGUAUUACUUAUUAAAUUUGCCCCAAAAUGAACGCAAUUAGGCUUGAGCACCCAUUCUGAUAUUUUACAACCAGUUUCUCGUAAAAUUUGUAGUUUUACCCAAUGCAGUCAAAUCGAGCAUGUUAUUUAUAUCAUGAUUUGCUAAAAAUAUUCUUGAAUAUUAAUCUUUUUAAAUAUGGACUUCCAUAAAGCUCACAUGCAUAUUCGUUCUGUUGAAUGUUUAUUCAAACGUUCUAGUUAAUAUAGUGAAAUGCUUGUACGAUAUAUGCAGAUUAUCUCUUGAUUUUGCAAAUUUUGAUGAUAAUAGGGAAUAUUCAAUAUUGUGAUAAUACAUUAUUCAAAUUUCAGUUUUUUCGAGUGACUAUUUUUUAUAAACAAAUUUUCAGGUAUUCGAAUUGUAGUACUGACAAUAAUAUUGGUUCUGUUUUAUUUAG